AUGGAGGAUUCCACAGAGAUCUUUGGAGAUAUUAACCUCACUCUUGGGAUGCUGAGCAAGGAAGAAGAUAUUAGCAAGGAAGACAUUUACAGUCAUCUCACUUCUGUUAUUCAGAAUGCUGACAUAUUGGAUGAUGCAAUUGUCCAAAGGUUGAUCUAUUACACUUCUAAGGACAUGAGAGAUAACAACAUUCCCAGGGAAAUAAGAAUGCUGGCUGGGGAGGUGCUGGUGUCUCUGGCUGCACAUGAUUUCAACUCUGUGAUGUAUGAAGUACAAAGUAACUUCAGGAUCCUGGAGCUACCAAAUGAAUUCGUUGUGCUUGCCCUGGCUGAACUGGCGACUAGCUAUGUGUCCCAGAGCAUCCCAUUCAUGAUGAUGACUCUGCUCACCAUGCAGACCAUGCUUAGGCUGGUAGAGGAUGAAAAGAUGCGGCAGACAUUCUGUAUUGCCCUUGAAAAUUUCAGCAAGGCCAUUUACAAGUAUGUCAACCACUGGAGAGAUUUCCCCUAUCCUAGAUUGGAUGCCAACCGACUCUCUGACAAGAUCUUCAUGCUAUUCCGGUACAUAAUGGAGAAAUGGGCUCCCCUGGCCCCGUCCGAGCACACUCUGGCCAUAGUUAAGGCCCAUGGUCCCACAGUCAGCCUGCUGCUGCAUCGAGAAGACUACUGUGAGUUCGCCCUGAACCAGGUGUUCUGGCUCCUGAUUCAGUAUGGAGACAAAGACACUGAUUUCCACGUCACUCAGAGUCUGAAGCAGAUACUGACUGCAGUCGUCUUGUACGACACUGGCCUUCCCAGAAAUCUGCGAAGAUCCAUCUUUACCAGUUUACUCCACCAGACCUGCAGGCAGUCAGAGCCUCCAAUAAAGGAAAAUGAGAUUGAAGCUUCAAGCUGUUUCCUCAUCCUAGCCCACUCCAACCCUGCAGACCUGCUGGAAUUUUUUGAUGAACAAAUAAGAAGCAGUAAUGAAGCCAUCCGGACGGGAAUCUUAACUUUGUUAAGGUCCGCUGUCAAUGCAGAAGAGCCGGGACUGAGGAAUUACAUCACUUCAAUCGAAAGAACGGUCAAAGUCGUCAUGGGCGACCUCAGUACAAAAGUAAGGAAUUGCACCCUGCUGCUCAUCCAAACCAUGUGUGAAAAGUGCUACAUUGAAGCUCGGGAAGGAUGGCCCCUGAUCGAUUACAUCUUCUCCCAGUUUGCCAUGUCCAACCAGAAACUGGAAAAACAAGCAAAAUCUAAAGCCCAGGAGGAAGAACAGGGAGAGAGGUCUGUUCGAGAAACAAGCCUCGAGGUCUUGAAAACACUGGACCCACUGGUGACUGGAAUGCCUCAGGUACUGUGGCCAAGAAUCCUGACCUUCGUGGUACCUGCGGAAUACACAGGAACUCUCAGCCACCUGUUUAACAUCAUCAGGAUUCUGAUUAUGGCAGAGGAGAGGAAGAAACAUGAUCCCCACGAGUCCACAGCGCUCGUCAUCUCCACGGGAGCUGUGAAACUCCCAUCACCACAACAGCUUCUGGCCAGACUUCUGGUAAUAUCUAUUCUUGCCAGUUUAGGGAAAUUGUGUGGGGUUGGUGCUAUAGGACUUCUGAAGGUAAUACCUGAGAUCAUUCACCCAAGACUGGUAGACCUAUGGAAAGCACGCAUGCCUGAGCUCCUGCAUCCUCUUGAAGGAAAGAAUGCUAGUAUUGUGCUGUGGGAAACCAUGCUGCUUCAGUUGCUCAAGGAGUCUUUAUGGAAAAUCAGUGAUGCAGCCUGGACCAGCCAACUGAGUCGAGAUUUCGACCAGCAAAUGGACAGUUAUAGCAAUACCUCCACUGAGAAGAAAUUCCUUUGGAAAGCCUUGGGAACCACCUUAGCAUCCUGCCAAGAUGAAGCCUUUGUCAGCUCUCAGAUCAAGGACUUCCUGGCUGCUCCCAUCCACUUGGGGGACCAAAGACAGGGAAUAACAUCUAUCGUAGGAUACUGUGCCGAGAGCCAUUUGGAUAUUGUGUUAAAAGCUCUUAAAACAUUCCAAGAUAAGGAGAAUUUUUUUAUGAAUCGAUGUAAGGGCAUAUUUUCUGGGAAAAAGAGCCUGACCAAGACUGACCUCAUAGUGGUCUAUGGAGCUGUGGCCCUCCAUGCUCCCAAGCAGCAACUUCUCGCCAGGCUUGAUCAAGACAUCUUGGCCCAAAUCCUGUUUCUCUAUGACCAGUGUUCUCAGGUUCUGGGUGUGACGGUGAUAAACAAGGACAUGGAUCUGCAAAUGAGUUUUACAAGAAGCAUUACUGAGGUUGGCAUUGCUGUCCAGGAUACUGAGGACCAACAGUUCCAGUUUUCCUACAAGGAGAUGCUAAUUGGUUACAUGCUGGACAUGAUAAGGGAUGAACCCCUGAAUUCCUUAGCCAGUCCUGUUCGGUGGAAAGCCUUAAUCGCCAUCAGAUACCUGAGCAAACUGAAACCUCAGCUGCCAUUCAAUGACCACCUUACUAUCCUUGAAGAGAACAUCCGCAGGCUGCUGCCACUUCCUCCUCUGGAACAACUUAAAGAUGAAGGCGAGACAGACAAGGACAAGGAACACAUUAACUUCCUCUACGAACGAUCCAUGGAUGCUCUAGGGAAACUUCUGAGGUCCAUGAUGUGGGAUAAUGUGGAUGCACAGAACUGUGAAGAAAUGUUUAACCUUCUCCGAAUGUGGCUUGUUUCGAAUAAAGAGUGGGAAAGAGAAAGAGCCUUCCAGAUCACUGCAAAUGUGCUGGCAAAUGAUAUUGAGGCACCAGAGAACUUCAAAAUUGGGUCACUCCUCGGACUUAUUGCUCCUCACUCCUGUGAUACCCUGCCCACCAUCCGUCAGGCAGCUACCAGUUCCACUAUUGGUCUGUUCCAUGCAAAAGGCAUUCGCCUGGAAGUGGAAAGACUGCAGGGCUUACAGGAAGGUCUGGAAUGUGGUGAUGAGCAGGUCCAGAUCAAGAUUUCCUCCAAGAUAGCUAAGAUUGUCUGCAAGUCCAUCCCCAGUGAAGAAAUCCAGAUGUUCUUGGAGGAAAUGCUGGAUGGCUUGGAAACUCUCAACCCCAUGUGCACAAAGGCCUGUGGCAUAUGGAUGAUUGCAGCCCUGAAGGAGCAUGGGGCUGUCCUGGAAAACCAGCUCUUGGAGAUCCUGGGCACUAUUUACCAUCACAUGCCAGUCCUCAGACAAAAGGAGGAAAGUCUCCAGUUUAUGCUGGAAGCCAUCUCCCAGAUUGCCAGCUUUCAUAUGGAUUCAGUUGUUGUCAACCUUCUACAGAAGCCACUGCCCUUUGACAGGGACACAAAGACGUUAUGGAAGGCUCUGGCUGAAAACCCAGCCUCCAGUGGGAAACUCAUGCAAGCCUUGAUAGACAAACUGGAAGCCAUGUUAGAGGACGACAUCGCCGGGAUAGACGCAACUUCAGUGGCCUGUGCUAUGUAUGAGGUGAUCUUAACAGGAGCCCAUAUCACUCCUUUGUAUCCAGAGCUGUUCACUCUCCUCCUGAAGCUGGUCAGCUGCACACUGGGACUGAAGAUGCCCAUUUCCACCUGGAGCCACCGACGACGUGUGAUGCAGAAGGGGGAAAGGCAGCAGAUCCCAGACCCCUGCAGGCUCUCAACUACAACUCUGAAAUGCCUGCAAGCACAAGCCAUGAGAGAAGGCCUUGCCAAAGAAUCUGAUGAAGGGGACAAUUUGUGGACACUACUUAGCAGUCCUGAUGCCCAUCACAAAGGCGUGUGUGCACUGGCCAGGAGCAUGGCCGUCUGGCAACACGGAGUCAUACUGAACAUCAUGGAACACCUGCUCCCAUCUCUCACCUCUUCCUCAGAGAACUAUCGGAUAACCGGCACAGCUUUCUUCUCUGAGCUUAUGAAGGAGCAAAUCCUUUGGAAGCAUGGAAAUCUGCGAGAUGUACUGAUCUUCAUGGGUCAGAGUGCCUGGGACUCCAAUGCCACUCUGAGGCAAAUGGCUAUCCAAGGCCUUGGUAACACAGCAAGUGGGGCUCCUCACAAGGUUAAGAAGCACAAGCAGAUGAUGUUAGAAUCUAUCAUCAGUGGCCUGUAUCACUUGGCUCGCACUGAAGUUGUCUGUGAAAGCUUGAAAGCUCUCAGGAAGAUCCUGGAGUUGCUCACAGACAGAGAUGUGAGCGUCUACUUCAAGGAAAUGGUGCUGCAAACAAGAACCUUCUUUGAAGAUGAGCAAGAUGAUGUGAGACUGACCGCCAUCUUCUUAUUUGAGGAUCUGGCAUCCCUAACAGGAAGAAAGUGGAAGAUAUUUUUUGCUGAAGAAAUAAAAAAGAGCAUGAUCUCAUUCCUUCUCCACCUCUGGGAUCCUAACCCCAAGAUUGGAGCCGCUUGCCGCGAUGUCUUAGUCAUCUGCAUCCCUUUCCUGGGCCUUCAGGAGCUCUAUGGGGUAUUAGACCAUCUCCUUGAACAGGACUUGCCAAGGGCCAGGGAUUUCUACAGACAAUUCUGUGUGAAACUGGCAAAGAAAAACCAGGAAAUUCUGUGGAUCCUCCACACACACUCAUUCACUUUCUUCGCAAGCAGCUGGGAGACGAUCAGGAGCGCAGCUGUCAAACUCACAGAUGCCAUAGUUCUCAAUUUGACUAACCAAUAUGUGGAGUUAUUAGACAAAGAACAACUGACCCUUCGUCUCCAAGCACUUCGGCAGGACCCCAGUAUCGGUGUCCAGAGAGCCGCUGAAGCUGCCCUACAGACCCUCCUGAGAAGGUGUAGAGAGACAGGCAUCCCAUUGUAA